AUGGCAGAAGAAAUCAUUGAGAUAGGAGAUAACAGUGAGAGUAGCACAAGUAGCAGAGAUGGAGGAGGAGAGGCUAAGGAUGUAUAUGUCGCAGUUGGCCAAGACGACCUUGAUGUCUUGACAUGGGCACUUGAUCAUGCUCUUGGACCUGGAAGUUGUGUAUACCUUGUCCAUGUUUUCCCUCCUAUUCAUUACAUCCCCACACCUGUUGGGAGGCUAUCAAGGAGCCAACUCAGUCAAGAACAACUGAGGCCUUAUAUCCAGGAAGAGAAUACGCGGAGGCGAAACCUCUUGCAGAAAUAUAUUACCCUUUGCAGCCAAGCAAAGGUGGCCGUAGAUACAAUACUUAUAGAGAGUGAUUUCACGGCCAAGGCAAUCUUGGAACUUAUUCCUGUUCUCAAUAUUACCUCCCUUAUUAUGGGAACGAAACGGCUGCCCUCUAGGAGAUUGAGGAAGGGACUGGGCAAAGGAGAAUUUGUCAAGAAGAAUGCUCCAGACUUCUGUGAGGUUGUCAUUGUUUGUGAUGGCAAAAAGGUUGUAGAUAGGCAACAGAGGAGUGGAUUAGAACCUUCUUCACCAGCAUCAAGUAGCCGGAGACCAGAAAUAGAACGACACCCAGAGCGGCACUUCUUUGAAUGUGUUUGCUUUUCAGGGAAAUUCAAUUGAGUUCUAUGU